AUGACAUCUCGCUUCAGCACCAACGGGAGCUAUUUUCAGAGCGACCUACAUAUGCAAGUCCGCCCGCAGUCGGCGCGGAUGACCUGGGUUGCAACUCGCAAGAUGCAUGGAGGAGGAGAAGGGUUGCAGAAAUGGGCACACCAUCAGUUCCCGAAAUGGCAAUGGGAAAUCGAAGCUUCAACCUUCACGGCUGUCUUUCGGGUACCGAGCUUGGUAAUCCUCCGAUCAAGCACAGCUGUUUUCCAAGGUUGUCUCUUGUUUACAUAUCUAGUUGGCUCCAACUACGACGACGAUAUGAAAAUCUCGUCAAAUCCUACCUUGAAGUGA